GUGAGAAUGGCCUGAUGGCGUGUCGUGUGGAUGAUGCACUGAUGGCCUUGCAGAAGGAGGCCAAACUGCUGCUGUUUCAGGGCUCGCAGGCAUUCGACAACCUGAGCUGUUUGGAGAGACUCACUUCAGCUCACAUCUCCAUCAGUCUGAGCCGAGUGGAGCAGAACCAGACGAUGCCGCAUGAGUCCAGGCCGCAGACGUGGCAUGUGAUGUACGCAGACCGAUACACCUGUCAGGACAUGCAGAUCAGCAACACACUCGCAGAUAUUCCCUUCCAGAUCACCAUGAUGAACCCUGACAGUGCAGGAAACCCACUGGAUCACUUCAGUGCUGAGGAGGCGGGUCUCCACAGCUUCUUCUUCCUGCUGAUGGUGUCGUAUUUCGUGGCGUCCUGUAUCUACGCACAGCCGCUGUGGCAGACGCUGAGUAAAGGCGGCCCGAUGAACAGCGUGCUGAAGGUUCUGUCUGCUGCGCUGCUGCUGCAGGGAUCAUCAGUGCUGCUCAACUACAUACACAUGGCCCGAUACGCCAGAGACGGUGUGGGGACGCCACUGACCAGGAGCCUUGCUGAACUGUGUGACACGUGUGCGCAGGUGCAGAUGCUCUACAUGUUGUUGAGUCUGUGUGUGGGCUGGUCUGUGGGUCGCAGCAGACGGUCUCCCAGUAAACCUCUGCAGUGGGACUCGUCUCCCACAUCCACUGCGCUCGCUCUCACCGCUGCCAUCACUCAGGGGGCGCUGCUGGUCUGGCAGCAGCUGGAGGACGUGGAGCAGCACAGUUUCUCACACACUCGGCUCAGUGUGUGCAGCUGGAUGCUGACGCUGCUGCGGGUGCUGCUCGCUCUGUUUCUGGCCUCGCUGCUCUAUCAGAACAUCUCAGCGGAGCGGAGCGCGCUCAAACGAGACUUCUACAUCAGCUUCACCAAGGGCUGUUUGCUGUGGUUUCUGUGUCACCCGGUGCUGCUUCUGUUCUCUACACUCCUCAAUGAGCAUCAGAAGGAGAAGGUGCUGACCGUGGGUGUGAUCUUGUGUCGCAGUAUCUCAGUGGUGGUUCUGUAUCGACUCUUUCUGUCCCGCAGUCUGUACUGGGAGGUUUCGUCGCUGUCGUCUGUAACGCUGCCGCUCACCAUGAGCCGCCGGAGCCCGUACUGAGACACCAUCAACACACACACACUCAGAUCAGCGCUACACACACACACUCAGGUCCAUUACAGACAUUUGCAUUUUAAAUGUGUUUUUAUUCUGUUACUGUUUAAAAUAUGUAUUUUUGUUCAGCCAACUAUCAUUCUACAUGAAACGCUCAGAGGUGCAUCUUAAUAAAUAAAUCAAUAAAAACAGGCUAUUAUAGAUUUGAGCAUUUUAGAUUAGUCUUAUUCCGAUACUAUUACUAAAGAUAUACUUUAAUUCAGUUCAUAUGUUAUUUAAUAUGAAAGGCUUGGAAGUGCAUCUUAAAAACAAUAAUACAUGAAUAGUGGAUGAAAGCAGCGUAUUCUAGAUUUGGAAGUGCUCACUGAGGCAUCGCUAAGCGGUUGUUAGGGUGUUCUAACUGCAACCCUUGGCUCAUUCUGAAAACGUACCCCUGUAUACAUUUCUGGAGAGCACCAAAUACAUCCCAGGAGGUGCGUCUUUUUGCAGUUUUUGUUUUGGU